CAUCCAUCGUUCGUAUGACACGGCAUUGCACUGUCCAUGAAGUCAGUGGCUGUCUGAGCAGGACGGUCAGCCUACUCGCCAUCGAGCCCUGUGUCAGUCGACGAAUCCAAACGCUGCCUCGUUGGCCGAUGACCGCCGAACGAGGCAUGCAGCGUUGGGGCGGCGUGUGACACAUACCCGUAUGAGAGAUGGAUCCAUGAUGCACUCACUGUCUCAGGCAGCCUGCACCAUCUGUCUGUCUGUGGGCGCUGCUGUCAAGGGAGACUCGGCAACGUCACUCUCGCCAAAUGUCGACCCAUCGGCGGGGGUAACGUUGCCGAUUCUCGCUCGAUAGCAACGCGCCACACCACACCACAGAGAGACGACGUCGAGAUCAAUGUCUACUACUCAUUCAAUCAGGUGCACGACGAGGUGCAUCAGUCACUGACGCACCCCACAUGCAUGGACACAAGUGAGAGAGCACUCGAGUGAGUUGAGUUGAAAUCCCCCCCUACCCUGCCCUGCCCUACCCCCCAAAGCAUGCAGGGCAGGCGUCAUCUCCUCAGCGUGUGCCGUUGACGCCGUCCUCAUGCUUGACGGUGACCUCGUCCCGCUCGCGAUUCCACUGCAUCCAUCCAUCCAUCCAGUCAUGUGCACACAAAUCACACAUGGGAUUCGGUGUGGCUUGGCCUACUCACCUUGGCGACCAUUGCGCGUCGCUCCUCGCUGGUCUGCCUGGCCCUGGCGCGGUAGUCAUCCUCUGUCGCACCACCACCACCACCAACACCGCCCUCUCUCUCGCGAUUCCACUGCACACACACGCAAUGUAAUGUGACACACACACGAUCGUGUGUGGCUGUGUGGGUGUGGGUUGGUCGGUAGGAGCGCACCUGUUCGACCAUGGCGCGUCGCUCCUGCGAUGAUUUCUCGCGGUACGUGUCGCCGUUCUGUCGGUCUCGGUUGUACCUGUCGCCGCCUCCCCUGCUGUCCCGGUACCCCCUGCUGUCAUUGUAGCCGCCUCGCCUGUCGUCGCGGCGGUCUCUGUCGCGAUCUCGGUCCCGGUAGCGCUCGCGGGACCUGCAUCACACCACACCACACACUGAUGCAUGAAUGGACGUCCUCGGUGCAGACAGAGACUCUGUUUGAGGUUCUUCACCUGGAUCUCUGCUGGGGUGCCUCCCUGUCCCUGUUGUUGUCCCUGUUGUCUCUGCUGUCCCGUGUGUCGGCUGGUUUUCUGUAGUCGGGGUGGUCCUCGUACAUCUGCUUGAAGAGCUUCCGCUUAAGGGAACGCGGCACGUGCUUGGUGUGCAUGAAGUUGCAGUACCCGCCACCUACACGCACACACGUAGCGAGAUGGAUGGAUGGCAGUAACUCUAACUCUCUCUCUCUCUCUCUGUGUGUGUGUGUGCGUGUGUGUGUGUACGAGUGCAUUGCCCUUCGACGAACUGUCUGCACCGCGCCUCCCUGAAAUCGGUGACGGGGCAAAACUCAGCGGUGAUUGCCUUGCCUGCACACCACACAGACGCAAUGUCAAAUUAAUUACGUCGAUGAGUGUUGGGGCCAGCGUACCUGCGUAGAAUCUGCCAGUGAGGCCCUUGAGUGCCUUGUCGGCAUCGUCCUCGUUGACGUACUUGAUGUACACGUUGCCAAUCAUGUGAUCGCCUGCACACACACACACACACCAACCACAUGAACACGCCAACCACAUGAACACACAUCCGUCAGUGCCUCAUGGUCUGCACCGACCCACCGAUAUUGUCGCAGACCGUCAUCUCUUCGAUCUCUCCGUAGUUGGCCAGCUCAGCGAACACCUGUUGGCAUGGCACCCACAUGGCAUGGACAUGGACGCAGACACCAAGAACACAUUUGAUUCGGCUGCCAUGCAUCCCCACUGACGUGUAAUGUGCCUACCUCCUCAUAGAACGCCUCAAAGUGGUCUUGUGCCUGGUCUGCCAAAUCAUCAGUCACCUGCUGACCUGCACACACCCACACACACACACACCCACACACACACGGACAGAGAGGAGAGCGAGAGAGGGAGAGAAAUGCACCUCUCUCUGUGUGGCCAUCACACCCACACCCACACCCACACACCUUCGGCAAUGGCGAGUGCCACAGGUGGGUUCUGAUACAUGUGUCGCAGCACCAGUGUCUGGCCUGUGGACACAGACAAUACACAUAAUAUCAAACAGCACCGGCGGCAGUGCUCACGUGCUCUCCCUCCCACCCCAGCGUCGUGUGCCUUCCCCCCCCAUUGCCUUGAUUGACUUGAUUGACUUGAUUGACUUACUUGCGGUCGGUUUGUAGUGUGCCCUUGAGCACUGAUCCCCAUGCCGACACGCGCCAAUCUUCCAGUAGAACGGACAGUUCACCCUGCACCCAACACACACACACACACACACAGACACGGCACAAAGACAGCAAGCAGAACCAACGCACGAGUCACAUAGAUGCACCCAGAUGCACGCAGAUCUCUCUCGCGCGCAUCUCUCUGCUUCCCCAUUCUCACCCACCUGUCCUCCUCCGUGCCGAUGAUCCGCGCAAGUCGUUCCGCCAUCUUCCUUCUCGAUCUCUCUCCC